GGAUCGCAUGUGGAAUGGUGUAAACAGCUGAUUGCUGCAACCAUUUCUAGUCAGAUUUCAGGGCCUGUCCCGUCGGAAGGUGUGUCCAGAGACUACAGGGAGAUUCAGGAUGGACACAAUGGCUAUCAUUCUGAAGCAGAACCUGAGCAGGCACUGCGGGAUGGAAACAAACUGGCGCAGAUGGAAGAGGCUCCACUUUUUCCUGGAGAAUCAAUCAAAGUUAUUGCUAAAGAUGUUAUGUAUAUCUGUCCAUUUAUGGGAGCAGUCAGUGGUACGCUAACAGUGACGGACUUCAGAAUGUAUAUCAAAAGUGUUGAAAGGGAUCCACCUUUUGUUGUUGAUGUUCCCCUUGGAGUCAUAAGCAGAGUUGAAAAAAUUGGAGUACAGAGCCAUGGAGACAACUCAUGUGGUAUAGAAAUAGUUUGCAAGGAUAUGAGAAAUUUGCGGCUGGCCUACAAACAGGAAGAACAGAACAGAUUGGAGAUUUUUGAAAACCUUGUGACACGUGCGUUUCCUGUUUCUAAUGGGCUGCCUCUUUUUGCAUUCAGCUAUAAAGAAAAGUUUGCUAUUAAUGGCUGGAAAGUGUAUGACCCAAUGGCAGAAUAUAAGAGGCAGGGCUUGCCCAAUGAGAGUUGGAAAAUAUCCAAAAUUAACAGCACCUAUGAGCUUUGUGAUACAUACCCUGCUGUUCUUGUUGUGCCAACCAGCGUAAAGGAUGAUGACCUCUCAAAAGUGGCAGCAUUUAGAGCAAAAGGCAGAGUUCCAGUGUUAUCCUGGAUUCAUCCUGAGAGCCAAGCAACAAUAACACGAUGCAGUCAGCCAUCAGUAGGCCCAAAUGAUAAGCGUUGCAAAGAAGAUGAAAAAUACUUGCAGACAAUAAUGGAUGCCAAUGCUCAGUCACAUAAACUUAUCAUCUUUGAUGCCAGACAGAAUAGUGUUGCAGAUACAAACAAGGCAAAAGGUGGAGGAUAUGAAAGUGAAAGUGCCUACCCAAAUGCGGAGCUGGUCUUUCUGGAAAUUCAUAAUAUACACGUAAUGAGAGAAUCCCUGCGUAAACUUAAAGAAAUAGUUUAUCCUACUAUUGAUGAGACUCGGUGGUUAUCAAAUGUGGACUCCACACACUGGCUGGAAUAUAUAAGGAUGCUUCUUGCCGGAGCAGUAAGAAUUGCGGACAGAAUUGAAUCUGGUAAAACAUCCGUAGUGGUACAUUGCAGUGAUGGCUGGGAUCGAACUGCACAGCUUACCGCACUAGCUAUGCUUAUGCUGGACAGCUAUUACAGAACUAUCAAGGGGUUUGAAGUUCUUAUAGAGAAAGAAUGGAUAAGUUUUGGACACCGAUUUGCAAUGCGAGUAGGACAUGGAGAUGAUGAUCAUGCUGAUGCCGACAGAUCUCCCAUUUUCCUUCAGUUCAUUGACUGUGUUUGGCAAAUGACAAAGCAGUUUCCUGCAGCCUUUGAAUUCAACGAGUUAUUUUUGGUCACCAUUCUGGAUCACCUUUACAGUUGUCUCUUUGGGACUUUCUUAUGCAACUGUGAAAAAGAGAGAUUAAAAGAGGAGGUAAGCACAAAGACUGUAUCGCUGUGGUCCUAUAUAAACAGCCAGUUAGAUGAGUUCACAAAUCCUUUCUACGUAAACUAUGAAAACCACGUCCUGUAUCCUGUUGCCAGUCUGAACCAUUUGGAACUAUGGGUGAACUACUACGUCAGGUGGAACCCAAGGAUGCGGCCUCAGGUUCCCAUCCAUCAAAAUCUUAAAGAGCUCCUCGCCAUCCGGACGGAGCUUCAGAAGAAGGUUGAAGAUCUGCAGCGGGAAGCUGCCACACGAUCCAUUUCUUCCUCCUCUGACAGAGGUUCCUCUCCUUCCCAUUCUGCCACACCAGUGCACACCUCCGUGUGAUGUGUAACAAAAGCCGUGCGAAAAGAUUUCUGUCAGGUGAUGCAGAGAGGAGGGUGAAGUGCUUUUCCCAUCACAAAAGGAUCGUCAGUGACUUGUAAUUGCUAUGAUCUACAUGCCUUACUCUGUGUCUGAUAUUAUCAUGAUGAGGCCAAAAAGAGCUUCAAUAGAUGUGAUGUAUUUUCUUGUUGGCAGUUCCCACGUGUGUUUUGACAUCUCUAGCUAAAUCACCAAUUGUUAAAUUAAACUUUGUUUUGAGCAACUAACAAUUUAACCAUCCUAAAAAGGAAUCCAUCUGCCAAGCAGACAGAAAAAUGCCUCUCACACUGCCUAGGGUAC